CGGUGGAUUCUGUCAGACGCUCGCACCUCGUCACCAUGAGGUUCGAGGAGAUCCUGGACGAGGUUGGCGGCUUCUCCAAGUUCCAGUUCCUGAUCCUGUUCAUCCUGUGCCUUCCCCGAGCCAUUCUCCCCCUCCACUUUCUCUUGCACAACUUUGUCUCAGCGACACCUUCUCACCACUGUGCCCUGGGGAGCCCGAAGGAUAGAGAAGUUGUGCCGCUGAGUUUGGACCCCGAGGCGUUGGCCCUCAGGAUCCCCCGUCAGGACGACGGCUCUUUCAGCUCCUGUAGAGUCUACGACCCCCCACUGACCUUUAACCUCGACACAGGAAACAGUACGGCACCUUGUCCUCAUGGCUGGGUCUACAACCAAUCACAGUUCAGCUCCACGACGGCCACCGAGUGGGACCUGGUGUGCGACAACAAGCAGCUGAAUCAAGCUCUCGCUACAUAUUUCUUCCUUGGUGUCACAGUUGGAGCCAUUCUGUUCGGACAACUAUCCGACAAGUUUGGUCGUAAGUCGAUGCUUCUGGUCGCUUUGCUCAGCUCCACCGCGCUGGGAGUCGCCUCGGCCUUCUCCAACUCCUACGUCAUGUUCGCCGUCUGCAGGGCGCUGUGCGGCGUGGCCCUCAGCGGACUCUCCAUCAUCGGCGUGGUCCUCGGUAUUGAAUGGACGGACGUGAAGCACCGGACCUUCACCGGCACCAUCAUGAGUUUGUCGUGGAGUGUGGGGAACAUGUUCCUGGCUCUGCUGGCCUACUUCAUCCGGGACUGGAGACACCUGACGCUGGCCGUGACGGCGCCCUGCUUAAUCGCCAUUAUCCUCUGGUGGUGGCUGCCGGAGUCGGCCCGCUGGCUGCUGGUCAACGGCAGAGCAGAGGAAGCCAAGAAGUAUCUGGAUCAGUGCGCCAAAAUGAACCAGAAGAACGGAAACACAUCCAGGCUGGACUCUGAGGCUCUGGGAAAGGUUGCUUGGACUGAGGUGUCCGAGAAGAACCACUCCUACCUGGAUCUGAUCAAAACUCCACAGCUGAGGAAGAUCACUCUCUGCUCUGGACUGUUCUGGUUUGCAGUCGCCUUCCUGUACUACGGGAUCAGCUUCAGGAUCUCGGGCUUCGGCGUCAGUAUCUACCUCACGCAGUUCAUCUACGGCGCCAUUGAAGUUCCCGCCAAAAUCCUGACCUUCUUCGUCCUGGACUGGAUCGGUCGGAGGAACAGCCAGGCGUGGUUUCUGAUCACAACAGGAGCUCUGAUUGGAGUAAACACAGCCAUACCUUUAGAGUACUCUGUGCUGCGUACGUGCAUCGCCGUGGUGGCAAAGGGUUUCUCGGAGGCGGCGUUCACCACAGCGUUUCUUUACUCAGCUGAGCUCUACCCAACCAUCUUGAGGCAGUGUGGUUUAGGCUACACCUCGUGUGUCUGUCGGAUCGGGAGCUCCCUGGCUCCGAUGAUCAUGCUGCUGGAGGACUUCUGGCUUCUUCUGCCGCCGCUGAUCUUCGCAGGGACAGGGAUCAUCAGCGGCAGCUUGGUCUUCAUGCUCCCAGAGACGCUCAACAUCCGUCUGCCUGAGAACAUCUUUGACGUGGAGGAGGGAAGUCACAGGCAGAUUGAAGCAAACGGAGACGCUAAGAUUGAGCUAAAUGAAAUCAAGUCUAAUGAAGUUACAGCAUCAAAGGACAACUGAUCAGCUGUGGGGAGAGGAGAUGCCAUCAGUGGAUAAAAGAGGAAUCCUUACUGCAGUUGAGCAUCGAUGGAUCGGUGCUUUUUGAUUUUCAUUUCAACCUCAGGGGUUUGCUGCAGAAUGUAU